UCAAAACAAAAAGCAACCAAAGUUAUUAUACAUCUGCCGUAAGAUUUUUAAAAUGUCGGCAUCUGGGACUAAGCGAGGAAUUGUUACCCUUUCAGGAAAAAGUCCUCAACCACACUCCAAGCUCAAACUGGGAAUUGCUUCUAAACUGGACUCCAAAGAAGUUCCAUCCCAGAAGUCGGCAAUGAAUCGCAACGACACUCAUCUAACAGAUCGCCUCGAUGACGCCUCCGUUGCCGACAGCGAGUUUUCAAGCGGGAUAAAUUUCUAUGAAAACACUUACAAAUUGUUGCCAGAUGCCAAAACGCCAAUGCCAACUAAAACAGUGGAAACCAUAAUUGCAGAUGUUUUGAAAGCGCGCUUCAAGAAAGAAGAUUAUGAUAGUUCCAAGUGCAAAGACCACAGUCAGAAUAUUUGCCGGCUCAUCAAAGAGAAGGUAAAAAGUUUGCUAUGCCCGCGAUACAAACUAGUUGUUGUUGUGCACAUUGGCGAGAAGAAAGGUCAGGGAAUACGAAUUACAAGCAGAUGUGCCUGGAAUGAGAACUUUGACGAUUUCGUUACUGUUUCCUUUACGAAUUCGUCAUUAUUUGCUCAAGCAACUGUUUAUGCUUUGUACGCAGAGUAACAACAAUGGGACGGUUUUCAUGAAGCAAGUUUCCGGUUUUCUAAAGAGUGGAUUUUUUUUUUUAAGCGGACAACUGGCUCAAGUAUGACUUGCUCAAUCCUAUUCGUCAGCAAAACUUGUUUCGUUAAACCGGGUUUAACUAAAUGAAGAUCACAAACAUAAAACUGAAAAACUGGAUUUUCCACAGGAUUCAAGAACUCACUAACUUGUAUUUUCAACGUGCUAAAUUUGAAGUUGAUAAAAAUCGGUUUAUGCAGCUUGUUUGGAUGAUGAACUAUGAUGACCAAAAUAGAUUUAAAACAUGUUUGGGUUUGGUGUGAUUGGGGCAAUAGGUUUCUUGCUCCAACAAAAUCAUGGAAAUUUUAUUUCUCCGAUAUGAAUGAAGAGCUUUGUCUACAACUUGUUAAGUCAGGGAGUUAUGUAUCUUUGGCGACUUUCAUUUGGUGUGCUCUCGUAUUACACCUUACUAAAUGAGGUUUAAAGCCUCUUACGUCAGUCAAACUUAAAAUCGGUCACGUUUCGAUGCGGUAAAGACUUCUGGUUUUCACGACAAUGCACGAGGUAAAGAAUAGAGGAGGAAUGCUCAACGAAAGCCUUCAUCAUUAGUUCUCAAUAUUGCACUUCUGUCAAUCAAUCCUUUGUAUAAAAUCAUUUGAUCCACGAUAAUGUACAAAUUAAGGAGCCAUCUCUGGAAUAACUUGUACUGAUGUGUGAAAUUUGUUCUGAUUAAU